AUGACAUUCUCUGAUGACAAGAAGAACAGGCAUUCAUGGCCGAAGUUGGUUGUCAGAAAAUGGCUGAAUAUAAAGUCCAAACCAGAAGAAUUUCACGCUGAUGAAAUUAUUCAAGAAAAUUUGCUGAACAAAGCUAGAACAAAUGACACACUGGGGAGACUGGAGCCAUAUAUAACUCACAAUACGAAGGAUCAAGAUCUCAGGGUAUUUGUGGGAACAUGGAAUGUAGGAGGUGAAGCACCCCACAGUGGCCUCAAUUUGGAUGAAUGGGUACAGCCAUCAUCAGCUCCAGCGGAUAUCUACGUUUUUGGGUUUCAGGAAAUCGUCCCUUUAAAUGCAGGGAAUGUGCUGGGUGUAGAAGACAAUGGCCCUGCUGCAAAAUGGCUGGCCUUUAUUCGCCACACAUUAAACACAAACAUAAAUCAAAGCAGCAGUUUCACACCUUGUAGCAGGGAUGACCCAACAGCUUCACCAGAGCAACUUUACAGUUUCGAUUUUGAUUUUGUAGGUUCUGAAUUGCAUGAGAAUUCUGCUCCUUGCCAGAGGAAUUCCUCUCGGGUCUCAUUCGGAUCAGUUUCAUCAGAGGAUGCAUGUGACUUCAGUGGAAGAGAAUCACCCUAUACUGUUUUGUGCAGCCCAGUAUCAUUUAACUUCUCAUCAGACAGAUCCUCAUCCAACUCAAGUGAGAUGAAUGGCAUAUUUAAUUCAAGUGAGCCAAAGUACUGUUUGGUAGCCAGCAAGCAGAUGGUUGGCAUGUUUCUCUGUGUUUGGGUGCGUAGUGAUCUGAGACAGCAUGUCCGAGAUAUAAAAGUCUCUUGCAUUGGUUGUGGGCUAAUGAGUUACCUUGGCAACAAGGGUUCUGUUUCGAUCAGCAUGUUAUUCAAUCAGACAAGCUUCUGCUUUGUUUGUACUCAUUUGACAUCAGGGGAGAAAGAAGGUGAUGAGAUACAGAGGAAUUCUGAUGUGAGGGAGAUCAUAAAGAAGACCCACUUUCCCCAAAUAGACAAGACUUUUGCAGAGAGAACUCCAGAAAGAAUUUUGGAGCAUAAUCGAGUUAUUUGGCUUGGGGAUUUGAAUUAUCGUCUUGCACUUCAAUAUGCUGACUGUAAAGAACUCAUGGAAAAAAAUAACUGGGAGACUCUGUUGGAGAAAGAUCAGCUUCAAAUCCAGAAAAAAGCGGGACAUAUAUUUGAAGGAUGGAAUGAAGGGAAAAUCUAUUUCCCUCCUACUUACAAGUAUUGCAGAAAUUCAGAUCAAUAUGCUGGAGUAAACUGUAGAUCAAGGACAAAACGACGCAAACCAGCAUGGUGUGAUCGUAUACUUUGGUAUGGUGAAGGUAUGAGACAACUUUCUUAUGGUCCUGGAGAAUCGAAAUUUUCAGAUCAUCGACCUGUUUAUUCAAUGUUUAUGGUUGAAAAGGAAAUGCUCAAGAAAAGUAAAUUAAAAAAUACUUUGAUGAGCUUAGGUGUGAGAUUCCAAGUGGAAGAACUCCUCCUCAAAACCAAAAUUUGUCAUUAGAUUCUUUGAUUAAUCCAAGAAUUUUAACCUCAGAAAUUCUUGCAAUUAGCUUAAUCAUACACAAACUAUCUAUUAAAGUUUUUGGCCAUAGAAAUAUGGAGAUAAAAAAACUUCAAGGUUAUUAUACGGAUCUUUUUUGUACAAUAUGUGUCAUA